AUGAAACUAUUGAGUGCUCCUGCCCGGAGAACAGCACAUAUGUUGAUGGAUGCUAUAUUGGAUAGGCUCCAUUCGCGACUGUCCCAUCUGCUUAAUCGACCACCAAUUGAUUUUGACUUUUUGGAGUUUACCUGUACCCAGGAGUGAGUUUUUUUAAAUGCACUCUAGUCAGGAAAUUUUCCACAUGCUGUAAUGGAGGGACUCAGAGAGGUUAAUCAGAUUAUUGGUGAGAUUAACCACAGCCAACAGUGUACUCACAACACUGUUAACUUUGAAUAUGGCCAGGUUGGGUGGCCAAAAGUACUGUUACCAGAAGAACGUCUUAGGGAUCUAAUUGCCAUGUCUCUACCAUUGCCCUGCAUUGCAAAAUUGCUUGGAGUGAGCACAAGGACCAUACAACGGAGAAUGUCAGAAAUAGGGUUGGCAGUAAGAGACACAUACAGUAGUGUUUUGGAUGAGGAGCUGGAUGCAUUAGUGUCAACAGUUAAAUCCAGACACCCUUAUGCUGGAUAUAGGAUGGUGAAGGGUUUGCUGCAGGCUAUGGGGCAUAGAGUGCAGUGGGAAAGGAUCUGGGCAUCCAUGCACCGAGUAGAUAGUGCAGGCAUUAUUUCUAGGCUGACACAGUUAGGGUGUGUUGUUUGUAGGACAUAUUCUGUGCCCAGCCCAGGAGCAUUGAUGCACAUUGAUACCAACCACAAGCUCAUACGAUACAACAUUGUGAUCUUCGGGGGUAUCGAUGGCUUUUCUAGAAAGAUCAUGUACCUAGAUGUUGCAACCAAUAAUCUGGCUUCAACCACCCUGUACUUUUUCCAGCGUCCUGUUCAAAAAUGUGGUCUUCCACUUCGGUAA